CUCGGGCGUCGUUUCUUCACGGCGGCGGCAGGCUCGCGGCCCGGGUGGCUUUCGUCGUCUGACCCCCGUCUCCCCCCUCCCAACAGAGGAGGGCGGGUCCGGCGGCGCGCGGGCAGCCCGACGCGAGGCCCCGCGGCUCCGGUCGGGGACGUCGCUGCGGGCGGCUGUGCUGCUGGCGUCCAAGAUGUCGACCAAGAAUUUCCGAGUCAGUGACGGGGACUGGAUCUGCCCGGACAAGAAGUGCGGAAAUGUGAACUUCGCUAGGAGAACAAGCUGUAACAGAUGUGGUCGAGAGAAAACAACUGAGGCCAAGAUGAUGAAAGCUGGGGGCACAGAAAUAGGAAAGACACUGGCAGAGAAGAGCCGGGGCUUGUUUAGUGCAAAUGACUGGCAAUGCAAAACUUGCAGUAAUGUGAAUUGGGCCAGAAGAUCGGAGUGUAACAUGUGUAAUACUCCAAAGUAUGCUAAGCUAGAAGAAAGAACAGGAUAUGGAGGUGGUUUUAAUGAAAGAGAAAAUGUUGAAUAUAUAGAAAGAGAAGAAUCUGAUGGGGAAUAUGAUGAGUUUGGACGUAAAAAGAAAAAAUACAGGGGGAAGGCAGUUGGUCCUGCAUCUAUAUUAAAGGAAGUUGAAGAUAAAGAAUCAGAGGGAGAAGAAGAGGAUGAGGAUGAAGAUCUGUCUAAGUAUAAGCUGGAUGAGGAUGAGGAUGAAGAUGAUGCUGAUCUCUCAAAAUAUAAUCUUGAUGCCAGUGAAGAAGAAGACAGUAACAAAAAGAAAGCCAAUAGGCGGAGUCGCUCAAAGUCUCGGUCUUCUCACUCGAGAUCUUCAUCACGCUCAUCCUCCCCCUCAAGUUCAAGGUCCAGGUCCAGGUCCCGUUCAAGAAGCUCUUCCAGCUCGCAGUCAAGGUCUCACUCCGGUUCCAGAGAACAUUCCAGAUCCCGUGGUUCGAAAUCAAGAUCCAGCUCCAGGUCCCACAGGGGCUCUUCCUCCCCAAGAAAAAGAUCUUACUCGAGUUCUUCAUCAUCUCCUGAGAGAGACAGGAAGAGGAGUCGCUCUAGACCUUCUUCACCCGCCGUUCGCAAAAAAAGACGAACGAGAUCACGGUCACCCGAAAGCCAGGUGAUUGGUGAAAACAUUAAACAACCCUGAGCCCAGGGCCAGCCCCUGCGGACCACCACCACUUUGCCCAGGCACCACAGGUCGUCUUCUGGAUCAACCCAUUCUGGUUCCCGUUCAAGUUCAAAAAAGAAAUAAUGUAUUAAAAUUUACAUCUUUAAAAACAUUGACUACAGUGCAUGAAGCAUAUUUUUUAGGAAGUUGAUGUCUCAUUUGGUCAGAAGUGCUACUACAUUUGCUAGUAGAGGUGCAUGCCUUUAUUGCUUUUCAAAACAGUACAACUGUGUUUAUUUGUGAAAUUGAAGUAAAUUGCAUUUUAAGCCAUACUGUUCCCUAGUCAAAUGCUCUCUAUUCAUUAUUACAACCAUUCGCUUCGUUUAAAGACAGCUGUAACUGAGUCCUUGGUUUCUUUGUCCUUUUCAUUUCUAAAUGUCCUAUUGACUGAGACAGGGUUGCCUAGGCUUGCCUGGACUCCAGACACGUGGGCAAGGCUAAUAAACUUGUUGGAAUAACCAAUUCAUGUUCGUAUGGGAGGAGUGGUCAACCUGGUUAUGUUGUUUACUUGUGCCAGUAAUUUCUUACCAGAAAUUAACUACAUCACAAAGCUGACAACCGGGAACUUUGAGUUCUCUCUACUGAGGGUGCCUUAGAAUCCUUAUCUCAUCAGCUCUACACCACUUCUAACGCAAGAGGAUAGAUGCUAGCACUCGCAGAGGAGUAGGUUAGCCAUCCUGAUUCAAAAUGUCUCUGAAAUAAAAGUUUAAGAAAUAGGAAUGUUUUUAAAAUCUAGUUAACAAACAUUGUGCUUGAUUGAUAAAGGUUUAAAAAAGGCCAAAUCAUAGUUAAUGAGCAAAUUGAAGAAAGCUUUUGAAGCCUAUUUCUCAGUGACAGGCUGACAGAGACGCGAAUUUAAGUGAUUUGCCUUGAAAUGUCUGAUUUUUUUCCAACACUGUAGAUAUCUAAGUAACAGAAUCCUUAUUUUUCUGCAUGAUUUAAGGAAAGUUUUUUUUUCUCACCUGAAAAAACAUAUGGCUUAAAAUGCUUUCAGAGUUUUAUUUCUAAAAUUAAAAUCUGGUCACUUGA